GAUAGAACACACAUCAUUGUGGAGCCCACAGAACCGACCAGGACCAAGAUUUCGGUAGCGGAGAAGUCACAACCGAAUCCGAUUCCCGGUCCAUAGCCACGGCGGGGCAAUCCUGUAAUUUCAUAAUAUUCCAUGGCACGCGUGGAUGCCACCGCGAAGGAAUCGGCGGGAAAAACGCGACUCUUCCUACUUUUUACGAGUGCUUUGAAGAAGUAUAGUUUUAAUGCCGUUGCCUGACUCGUUUCUGUUGUUUUUAGCAGAAAUCUGAGAGAUGGAGUCGAGAGGACAUCAAACAGAACUGUGCAAGCUGAGCUGGGGGGACUCGCUCUAGAAGAUCCCAAGCAAAAGCCAGCUUGAGACAUUGACGGUUUUAUUUGUGAAACGGUUGUUCCGAAUAUUCUCUAAACAUUAGCAGGAACAGCAGGACAUCAUCAUGAAGGCGCUCAUCCUGGUAGGCGGAUUUGGUACCCGCCUGAGGCCAUUGACGCUCAGUAAACCAAAGCCGCUUGUUGAGUUUGCAAACAAAGCAAUGAUUUUGCAUCAGAUUGAAGCUCUUAAAGCCAUUGGAGUGAAUGAAGUUAUCUUGGCCAUCAAUUACCAGCCACAGGUCAUGCUGAGCUUCUUGGAAGAGUACGAGAUGAAGCUUGGGAUCAGGAUCACAUGCUCAGUGGAGAUCGAGCCAUUGGGUACUGCAGGCCCACUGGCCCUUGCGAAGCAAAAACUGAUCGACGAGCCAGAUGAGCCUUUCUUUGUCUUCAACAGUGAUAUCAUCUGCGACUAUCCGUUGAAAGAAAUGAUUGAAUUCCAUAGAGGACAUGGAGGAGAAGCAUCAAUCAUGGUUACAAAGGUGGAUGAGCCUUCGAAAUAUGGUGUUGUGGUUCUCGAUGAGGAGACUGGAAAAGUCAAAACAUUCGUGGAGAAGCCAGCGGCAUUUGUUGGUAACAAGAUCAAUGCAGGAAUCUAUCUCCUGAACACUUCCAUUCUCAAUCGGAUUCAGCCAAGACCCACAUCAAUGGAGAAAGAAAUCUUCCCUUCCAUUGCUGAGGAAGGACAACUUUACGCCAUGGUUUCAAUGGGUUUCUGGAUGGAUAUCGGGCAGCCCAAGGACUAUCUGGUGGGCCUGAGACUCUAUUUAGAUUACCUGAGAAGAAAUUCAUCCUUAGAACUUGCGGUUGGGCCCAACAUUAUAGGAAACGUUUUGAUUGACAAAAGUGCAAAGAUUGGCGAAGGGUGUGUAAUCGGGCCUGAUGUGGUUGUGGGUCCUAGUUGCAUGAUAGAGUCCAGGGUGAGGCUCUCGUCAUGCACGUUGAUGAAGGGGGUCAGGGUGAAGAGUUCUGCUCAUGUGUCUGGUAGCAUUAUAGGGUGGCAUUCAACCAUUGGAGAGUCGGCCCAAGUCAGCGGCAUGGCAGUGCUCGGAGAGAACGUCCAUGUCAGCGACACCAUGUUCCUUCAGGGAGUAGUAGUCCUCCCCCACAAGGAGAUCAAGUCACAUUUUGUAAAGCCGGCAAUUAUAAUGUAGGUGGAACAUGCGGUCAAAAUCGGAAAUGCAAAGGUAAGUCAGGACCGUCACAUGAAUGGCAAAUUCUGAUUUCACCUUGAGCUAUUUUACAUCAUUUUGAUUUCCAGAUUCUGCAGUGAUUUCCAUGGAUCUGAUUGCAGGUUUACAUACGAUCUUGUGUUUUCUUUUUUCUUUGGGGGGGGGGGGG